UCUGCAGACACAGAGAUGUCCAUGUCAGCCUGCUUGAAACAGAGGAGCCAAGAAAAACCCCCACCAACCAACCAACCAACCAAGCAACCAACUAAACCCCACAGCAGCUUUUUUUCCACUUGCUGGUUCCUGUGUGAUUCCUUGUGGUGCUUUGUUGAUUUCACACUUGCUGACAUCUGCUACCUGCUCAACCGGGGCCUCCUGUGCCAGCAAUGAGACCCAGGGGGGCUGUUCUGCACACAGACUGCAGCCUCCAGCCGGCUUCUAUAGGGCUGGGUUUGUUUGGCACUUAAGGAAAUGGGUUGCUACAGCAGAGGUUGCACUCCUGGCCUUCCUCCCAUCAGUCAGCCCUCUCCCAUCCCACCUGGCUCCCAUUACAGCAUCCCUCUGCACUGAUCCCAAACCAGCAGUUGCUUUGGGACGAGCAUCCCCAAGCAAAGAAAUGAGUAAAGAAGAAAAAAUCUGGAUGUAAAUAAUGGAUUGAGAUCCACCUGAACACAGAGACGUUGCCUUGUAGAGCUGGGAGAAUAAAAAGAAGCCGUUUGGGGUCAGAUGUGGGGGCUCUGUGGUCCAGCAGGGCACCUCCUUUGGGUGCUGAGAGCCCCUGAGCCUGCUGCCCACAGCCCCUGCAACACCAUAAAGCUCAGCCCCACUAAUCUUCUUAAGCCUCCCUUAUGAGAGUAAUCACAUUAAACAACUCCUUCCUCCGACACGGCACCAAAACGCAAAGGAGAAGGUGGUGGGAAGCCGACAAAGCUGAGCUGCUCGGUGAGUUAAGGAGCAGCUUUCCACCAUCAAAGCGUUGUGUUUCCAGCACCUCUUCCCCAUAAACAACAUGCGACCAGAUCUGCGCCAUCCCCACAAAGCUGCAGACCCGCUUUGAUGCGAUUCCCUUUCCCAAAGAGAUAUUUCCAGCCAGUUUUUUUCUAAAUAUUACUCAUAAAGGCCCCCUCCAGACAACCUCUCUCCCUCCCCGACUUUGUUUAUAUGCUUUGAAUUCUGUUAGGAAACCGGCUCCCUACUUCAGCUCUGUUUUAUCCAAGUUUCCAUAUUUAGUUCUUUCAGCUAUUCCUGCUCCUUCCCCAGCCUUCCCGUGCCCGGCGCUGGGACCUGCCGUAUCCCAGCCGUGUCCCCACUGCCCCCUUCUUUUGCAGCACCCCGAGGGUAUUUUCACCCCAUUGCUCUCUGCUCCCCAUUGCUACCUGCAAACCCCACAUCGCACCCUGGACACCAAUAGGGUUUUGCCCACCAGCGCCGGGACCCCCACGCACUGCAGUGGGGAGCGGAGGACAACCUGAGCCUGCUGUUACUGGAGGGAGAGACAGAGUUAAAGCAGCUGAAGGAGGGUUUCCUCGUGGCACGUGGCUGCCAUGUCAAAGGGUGCGCAGGGAACGCAGGAGGAAUUCACCAUGAGUGAAAAGAGAAGCUGCUCCGGGGGACGUUAGUGUUUGCCUUUGGGGAGCCAAGCUGAUCCCACCCCGCAGCACCCCACCAUGUUCAACGGGGACGCCGGCCCGUCGGCGGGCAGGAAUGUGGUGCGCAGCUCCAGCAUCAGCGGGGAGAUGUACAGCGUGGAGAAGAGCGUGCGGGGCAGCGCCGACUCCGUCAGCAUCAUGGCCAGCAAGAAGCGGCGCUCCAGCCUGGGAGCCAAGAUGGUGGCCAUCGUGGGGCUGUCCCAGUGGAGCAGGAGCACGCUGCAGCUCAACCAGAGCGAGGGCGGCCCCAAAAAGCUGCGCAGCAACAUCCGCCGCAGCACCGAGACCGGCAUCGCGGUGGAGCUGAGGACCAGGGUGACCCGGCAGGGCAGCCGCGAGUCCACUGAUGGCAGCACCAACAGCAACAGCUCCGACGGCACGUUCAUCUUCCCCACCGCACGGCUGGGAGCUGAGAGUCAGUUCAGUGACUUCCUGGACGGGCUGGGCCCGGGGCAGCUGGUGGGACGGCAGACGUUGGCCACCCCCCCAAUGGGUGAUGUCCACGUGGGCAUGACAGACCGCAGUGGGCAGCUGGAGGUGGAGGUGAUCCAGGCACGGGGCCUCAUCCCGAAGAUGGGCUCCAAAUGCAUCCCCGCCACCUACGUGAAGGUUUACCUGCUGGAGAACGGCGUCUGCCUGGCCAAGAAGAAGACCAAAGCUGUGAAGAAGAGCUGCGACCCCUCCUACCAGCAGGCACUGCUCUUCGAGGAGAGCCCCCAAGGCAAAGUCCUGCAGGUGAUCGUGUGGGGCGACUACGGGCGCAUGGACAGCAAGUGCUUCAUGGGCAUGGCGCAGAUCGUCCUGGAGGAGCUCGACCUCUCCAGCACCGUGGCGGGCUGGUACAAACUCUUCCCCACCUCCUCGCUGGCCGACUCCAGCAUCGGGCCGCUGGCACGUCGCCUCUCCCAGUCCUCGCUGGAGAGCUCCACCAGCCCCUCGUGCCCAUAGCCGGGCAGGGAGAGUCAUCCCGACCCCCAGGACUGUGCGUGGAUGGCUGUAAAUAACCCAUCCUUCUUUUUUUUUGUCCCCCAAUUUCUUUUUAAUUUUAAAGAUCUCCCUCCCAACACGCCCUGCUCCCGGCGCGCUCCCUCCCGGGCUGAGAGCACGGAGAUGCCGUCCCCUUCCCUUCCUUCCAUCUCGCUCCUUGCCCUGAGAGGAACAGGGAGCAAAAAAGAGACUCAGCAGAAGAAAUCCAACUCAGCACUAUUUUUCGUUCCAAGGAAUGUAGCAUCUUCUCUUAUGUAGCUUUGCCACGUGCUAACGACACUCACUGCAAUACCCGACAGGCUCCGGGACGGGGCGGGCUCAACCCGUUGGUUUCCCAUCACCGACCCAGCAGCACCGGUGCCCGUUUUCCUUCCUUUCGGUAACGUUUCACCUGUGACAUUGCCAAAGCGACAGCAGCGCACCACGGUGCCCCCAGCUCCCCUCCAUCUGGAUGGGGAACAUCUCAACAGCGGCUCCUGGAUGCGGAGUGAUGGAGAGGCGCCGAGCAGAGGAGCAGCACUCGGUGGCGCCGAUGGGCGUUUGGGUGUUUGUUUGUUGUCUGUCCCUUGUGUUCCAGUUCUUUGUUUUACAAGCAGCAUUCCGGUGCCCCCCUCCCUUAAAUCCCCUCCCCUUUGGGGAUCAGUUCUUGUAGCAACACCGAGAAUGGCGGAAGCUUUCUUCUUCUUUUUUUUUUUUUUUUGUUCUGUUUUCUGUUUUGUUUCGUUUUGUUUUUGAAGGUGCCUAAAUGAAAUUUGCUGACAAUACUCAGGGGAGACACCACUAAGAACAGCUCUGCUUCCUUCGUGGAAUACACAGAACAUGAGGACUGUCCCGAAGGAUCAGAGUCCGACAGAGAGGAGAAAAACAAAAGGGAAAAAGAAGAUAAAAAGAGAAAAAACCCAACCAUGACACCAAGAGAGGAGGAACGGAGGAUCCCCAGCGCCCCGCGGCUCUGCCUUCCAGCUCCUGGCACACAGCAGGAGGAGCGGAGGGCACAGAAUAGACCCUCGGUUUAAUGUGAUUUGCUUUGGCUCAUUGCAAAGGGCAUUCCUUGCAUGCUGCGAGGAGCAGAGGGUGGCUGGUUGGACCCAGCAUUACACGUGAGGUCACUGCACCUUCCCUCCCCCGGGAAAGCAGAUCCAGGCCCUUCUCCUUCCCAGAUAUUUUCCUCUAGAGAAGAAAUGAGCAUCAAACAGAAGGGGCUCAGUGCUCUGCUCCCUGCCUGGCUCCCACAGCACCCACCUGGGAUACAGAGGAUCUCACUGCAGCCCAGCAAACAGUGGGGACAGGAGCCAGAGUCCCUCAUGAAGCAAUGAGGAUGGAUGUUACCAAACCAGCCUUGGAGUCCUGGUUCACAUCCCAACGAUGGCACAGCUGUUUCAAUGUGAAGUCCUCCUCCUCCUCCUCCACCACGUUGAUGACACAGGGGGUGCCUGGGUUGUGAAGGGGCACCGGUUACAGUCUGGAUCUGGAAGGAAGGUUGGAAUCCCACAGAAAAAGUCCAGCAAAGGGCACGGGGUUGUCCUGCUGUCCAAGGAACCGCCGCACUGUUACAGCCAACCCUGAGCCAGGACUGAGCACAGCAGCAGCCGGAGCCACCCAGGGCAGCAGAUGCCCAGGAUGGGGGUCAGGAUGCAGCUCUGGUGAUUGGAAUACCUCAUUCUUCCCACCCCUUUCCUCCCAUUCCUAUUUUCCCCUCUUUUAAUACCCAGACCUUCAUGCACUCUGCCACAUUCAGGUUAUUUUUUUUGUUGUAAUUGUGCAAUGAAGAGCAAUUCCUGGUGAAUGCAUGUGUGUGUGUGUAUGUAUGUGUGUAUGUGUGUGUGUGUGUGUGCUUCCCUGCUCUGUGCCACCCAGACAGCCAAGGAGCAAAGUGAAGGGUUGGCACAUGGGGCAGCAGCGCCUGCUCUGCUCCCGCACCCCACUGCUGCCCCAUAACCCAACGUGGGGGUGAUGCAGCCCUCAAAGGAGCAGCUGUAGGGAGCUGAGGACGCUCACACUGCGCUGCCUCACUUGCUGAGGCUUCAUGCACUGCACAGGGAUGGCUGCGGAGCUGCAGGAGCUGCCCGGGGUUGGGGGGUGAACCCCACAUUCCCCUCGUGCAAUCCGGGCCCCGUGAAUGUUUGUUCGCACUUUGAAGUUGGUGGCCUUGUUUUCUGCAAAGGGCUCGAUCUUAACGUGCAGUUAAAUCUAAUUCACCUUCCCAUCGCACCGUCCUUCUGCCCACCUCCAAACCCAACCCUUGAGCAGCUCGGCCGGACAAAGCAGCGCCAGGGCUGCAGGAUCUGUCAUUAAUCUCAGCAGUUUAUACCCUUGGUACGACACCAGACCCGACUGGCUGAGGAACAGCCAUAAAGGGAGCAGCGGCUCAUGGCCAAAAUGAAGUUUAUCCUCAAAUACAAGAGAACAGCAGCACUUGGAGCGCAGAGGAAGCAGCGCCUGAGGAGCUCGUGUGUCAAACAAGCUCUGAAUUCAGACUCCCAAACUUCAAGAUGUGAAGGGUUUUACCUUGGGCUCUAUACACACAGCCAAUGCCUUUGGAACUUCAUUAUCCCCCCCACCCCCCGGAGGAGCUUUGCUUUCCAUCCCUGCACUACACACAUCUCCUGUGUGCAUCCCACACCUGAUGGGGCUCCUAUGGAGCAGCCCCGCCUGCCUUCACCCCAAUGACAGAUCCCUAAGUUCAACAUCACCACCUUCAAACAACGGCACAGAAGGAGGGGGGGAGGCUGGGGGCUGCACCCUGGCUCCGUAUUCAAGACAAAGGGAGGAUGGGCUUCGAUGGGUCCUAGAAGAGGGUGAUAGGAUUUAAAAGAGAAACAAAAAAAAAACACAGAAAAAAAAAAAAAGGCGAUUUUUUUACUUGUGUUCCGUAGCGUUUUCUAUGUGCGUGGUCUUUCUUAAUGUCAAACUCCUGUAUUUUUGUGGUUUAUAUGCAGCAGGACUGAGGGCUGUGAGGGCGCACGCUAUUUUGUAAGAUACCCCGAUGCCAGUUUUCCCCAGGAGGAACAAACUGACACACUCACAUUUCCAUUGCCUUGUAGCUGCAUGUACGGUAUGGGGCAGCAAGUGACGAUGAUUAAAGCCAGCUUGAAAACCC